CUGCAAAAGCUAAUAAUUAUGGCCGAUCCUUUUGAAAGGGAAUGUAAGGCGAGAAUACGAGGAUAAGCUGUGAAUCUCCGUCGUCUCCACUUCUUUGUGGUUUAAUAUUCAGAGCAGAAAAAUGGGGAACAACAUUGGAGGAGGAAGCAAGACAGCCAAGGUGAUGAAGAUGAGCGGCGAAACCUUCAAAUUAAGAGCAACAACCGCCACAGCUUUCGACGUUCUCAAGGAUUAUCCAGGCCACGUGUUGUUGGAUUCGGAAUCGGUGAAGCGUUCCGGGAUCAGAGCGAAGCCGCUGGAGACUCAACAAGAGUUGAGGCCUAAGAAGGUUUACUUUCUCGUAGAAUUGCCCAGGUUUCCGGACGAGGAAAGGGCGAUGUCUGGCCGCGCCGCAAAGGACCGGCUCGAGUGUCUGAUGUUAAAGCGGAGAUCAAUGUCUGAUGUGUCGGCGGCGAGGCAGAGCUCCGGCGGCCCUGUUCAGUUGAAGAUUAGGCUGCCGAGGAAUCAGGUUGAGAAGGUGAUUGGAGAGGGCAGAGACGAAGCCGAGGUUGCUCGCAAAAUCUUUCAUCUUUGUCUGCAAAACUCUUAUGAUAUAUGCUGAUCACUAUUAUCUUGUCUAAUCAAUCCUCAACCCUCUUUGAUAAUUAAGAUUUGUUAAUAUA